GCAUGGGGCCGCAUUUGUGUCAGGGCUGCCACAGAAUCUCCAGUGACUCGCAGUGCUUACAGGUAUUCGUUUAAAUGCCUUUCGAGUAACAAUUAGACAACAGCAAUUGCAGGGUUAACUGCUGCCCCCUUCGUACCCCGCCGCUGCUGGCCAAGAGUCAUGCAGUGUCACGGCCCGCUGGACUUGCUUUGACCUGCUCUGCACUCGCCUUUUAUGUUUCCAUUUUUUGAUUGCUGUUUAACGUAGCCAGACCCAGACGGCACAACAAACACAGACAGCGACAGCCAUUGAUGGAUAUACUUAUACUUUGAAUAUACUCGUGCUUUCGUAACUAAAUGCGGGCUCACAGUCCGCUGGAUUUGAACCUUUCGCCUUGGACGGCUUUCGAAAUACUUGGGGCGGGAAAAUUCACUCACUGCCAAGUGGAAAAACUUGAUGCAUCCAGCUGAAAACUGGUUGACUGGCCUUGGUCUAAUCCACAUUUCAGAACCUCCAGCCAGCAGCAACAGGCAGCAGAUUCUGUCUCGACUGGCUUUUCCAAACUUGAUACUCGAUUGCUUGGCCUACGCUUUUUGCCAUUGCUGCUGCUGGCCAGAACGAAAAUCUCGUCGCUGUACUGCUGCCACUUGACUUUGCAGUCAUACCGUUUUGGACCGCAGCACAUCAAACAAGUGACGUUCAAGUGCGGAGAUUGCCAAGAUCAAUGUGUCGACAGCAUGAGCUUCAACAAUGAUAUAAUCAUCACCGCCAUGGACCGAUUCGUUUGGUUUGUCCUCCUGGUGGUCAUGUCGCACCUGGUCACCGAAUUCACCCGCGUCUCCGGAUACGCGAGAGGCCAGCGUCACGAGAUCGUGCUGCUGAACGAUACGCUGCUGCAGCCGAUGCCCGUCCAGAACAUGGUCCUCUAUCCCAGCCAGGACUACGGGCAGUAUCAGCAACGACCCUCCUCCUCCGCGGGCUCCAUGAGCAGCUUGCAGCAGAAUGCAGCCAUGCUGCUGAGCAGCUUGGCGGCCGGAAUGAGCCCGGCAAAUGGAGCAACUGCAGCGGGAUCUGCUGUUCCCGGCAGCAAUGCGGCCAUUUUGGCCCUGGGCGAUAGCCAUCCGGCUCAUACGGCCGAGAACACAUACCCGGUGUUCAGUUUGCGACCCCUGAUCGACAGCAUUUUCGAGAUUCCGAUUUCGACGUUGCGCGCUGUCAACAAUCUGGUGGGUCGACUGACCGGAGGAUAUCGCCAGGCCCCAACGGAAAUGUCGCAGAAAUCCGUGGCAGCAGGAACUGCGCUGCCUUCCGGCAGACAAAGUCCCACUCUUCAUGCCCAUCCCAAUAGCCGUCAAAUGCGCGAGGAGAUGGCGUAAUUUUAGGCCCCUUUUUAGUCAGUACUCUGCGUGAAUGUUGUAAUUCCUGUCAAUGUAUGUUUCGAGUGAGUUUUCGUGUGCAUUUUUACCUUUGUGAUAUAUGUGACCUUGUUGUAAGUCUAGACAUAGGAUAUUUAUGUCCACCCACAAAAAAAAAUCCCAAAAAAAUAAGAUUAAAGACUACAUGUAUUUCCUACAAAAAAGAAAGCGU